AUGCACGCGGUGGGCCUGCACUCUGCGCUGGCCAUCCGCCGCGAGCGCCGCCGCCGCGCCGAGCAGCAGCGCGCCCGCGAGCGCCGCACUCGCUGCAGUCCACCGAGUCCGGCCUCACCUCGCCGCAUUUCCACCGGCAGCUUGGAGCGCCGCCGCCGCCGCCGGGCGGGCACGGCAGACAAUGAGGUUGUCUCCUCUGUCGGCAUGUUACACCUCGGCGUCGUCUUUCUCGUGCUGGGCGUGUUCCUCGUCGCCUCCGGCUGGCUGCCCGAUGACGUCACCGCCUGGAGCAGUAUCGGCUCCGUCAGCUGGUUCAACGAGCUCGUCUGCUCGGGCCUGUUCGCGCUCGGCAUCGGCGUCUUCCUGAUCGCGCUGCACAAGUACCUAACCAAGAGCGAGGAGGAGGCGCUCGAGGACUACGUGCAAAAGCAGCUAACGCGCUCGCGCUCCGGACAUCGGCUCGAGCGGGACGCGGAGACCGGCGGCAUGCACACGAAGCACACGCGGCGGGCACGCGCCACCGAGGUGCUGCCUCCUGCCGCCCUCACCGAGACGUACGUGGAGCCGCCGGCGCACGGUUUCGUGAACGCGCUGGCGGGCAACGGCGACCUGCCGCCGCCGCUCGAGCAGAUCGCGGAGGAGGAGUCGUCGCUGGGCUCUGAGGCGGGACGCCGGCGCGGCUACCCGCGCGACGCGUUAUCGCAGGCCUCCGCCGCCGCCAGCCUCAGCCCCGGCUCGCCCUCCGACACGCGCGAGCUGCUCGCCGACCCGCGCUACAUGGUCAUGUCGCGAAUGUAGGCCCCCCUUGCCCUGCCCGCGCCGCCUCGCGCCGCCUCGCGCCGCCCGCCUAGCGCCUUGUGCACCAAACCUACCUACCUACUUAGCCUAUUACUUCGAUUCAUAUUAUCGUAUUAACUCCACACAAAGCGACUGUGAAUAUAGCGAAACACAAAGCAAAUUUUAUAAACAGACUAGCAACUCGUAGUCUCUUAAAUAGGUAUUACUGUAGUUUUGAUUUCGCUACAAAAUCGAAAGGCUUCGUUAGUACUUUUACUCUUUUUGGUCGCUUCUCUAUUCUAAUAUUUUAACAGACGGACCAAAUCUAAGUAGAUUGUAGCCGUAAGUUUAUGUAAUAGCCCUUUGUACUGACGAGUCGAUCGUAAACAAUCUGUAGCAAGUCUUUACAUUCGAUGUUGAGUUAUUGUUCGAUGACGUCACCGCGUAAUGCACUGAUGUACGGCUACGUGAUAACAUCAUUUAUUUAUACACUCUGUACACAUU